AUGGGGGGAGUUGAGGAGGUAGAAGUUGGUGAAGAAUGUUGUGAAGAUGACGAGGAUGAUGUUGUGGAUGAUUAUGAUGAAGCACUAGAUGAAGGAGAUGAAUUAGAUGAAGAAUUGUGUAUUGAAAAUGAUGAUGACCUGAAUGAGGUUAAUGAUGAUAAUUAUGAUGAAUCCGGAGAAAUGGGAGUGGGGCGAAACACUACUUGUAUGGAGGAUGGAGACAUUGGCGGCCCUGGUGAUGGAGAUGGGGUUUCAACCAUUAACGCAGAUAUGUAUACAACUCCUACGAAGCGGAACAAAGGUCCCGUUCUACCGACCCCUUCUGUUGGAAUGUCUUUUGCUAAUUGGGAAGCAUUGAAUAACUAUUUUCGAUCCUAUGGGGAGCAACAAGGUUUUGGUGUAGUGUGUAUGGGAGGGAAUAAGAGCGGGGUGAAAGACAGUGAAACAGGCAAAUCGAAUUCCCUGAGGACCUAUGUUUGGAGGUGUGAGUGUCAUGGAAGGCCAAAAUACCGGCGGAUGGUGAAUGGCAGGGUAGUUACCUGCGCAGAGGAACCAAUUCUUAAGAGGAAGACGAAGAAGUGUAGUUGCCCUGUUAUGCUAUAUGGGGCUCGGACCAAAGAGAAUUUAUGGGUUGUGAAGAGUGUUGUUACUGAACAUUUGAACCACAUUCCCACUCCUACCAAGUCCAACCAUAUUUCCAUGUUCCGGGUCAGGAAAAUAACUCAGACAAUCCUGAAACAGAUUGAAAAUGAUCACGAUUCAGGUGCACAUGUGGCUCAGAUUUUCAAUAACUUAGCGGGAAGAAGGAAUGGUGUAGAGAAUAUUGGUUUUACGAAAAAAGACGUGCAUAAUAUUUUGAAUAGGAGGAUGCGAUUGAGGCUACGAGAUGGGGAUGCUGUUGCAAUGAUAAAUUAUUUAGAGAAAAUGACAAAGGAUAAUCAAAUUUUUUUCCAUCUCCACCGGCUUGAUAAAACAGGGAAGUUGCAGGAUGUAAUGUGGGUUGAUGCUCGUAGCAGAGCCGCGUAUGAGUAUUUUGGGGAUGUGGUUUGUUUUGACUCCACGUACUUGACAAACAAGUAUGAGUUGCCAUUUUCGAACUUUGUUGGGGUGAAUCACCAUGGGCAAACAAUUUUGCUUGGAUGUGCAUUAGUGUCUCAUGAAACUGCGGAAACGUUCGUUUGGCUCUUUAGGGCAUGGUUGUCUUGUAUGGGGGGUAAAGCUCCCGCUGCUAUUAUGACCGACCAGGAUGCGGCUAUGAGGAAGGCAAUUAGAAUAGCAAUGCCAAUGCCUAAAACCAGACAUCGUUGGUGUAUGUGGCAUAUUAUGCAGAAGUUCAGCCGAAAAUUGGGUUCGAUGACUGAUUUUCCCCAAAUAAAAGUUGCCCUACAGAAUGUCAUAUACAACAGUUUGACCCCUGUUGAAUUCGAAGAAGGUUGGGCUGAAGUGGUGGAAACUUUCAAGCUGAAGGAGGCUAAGGAAAGCUACAAGUGGCUAGUAGGUAUUUCAUAUAUGGCAUUGUCUUUGCGAGAAAUGUGGAUACCUGCAUAUGUGAAGCAUAUUUUUUGGGCGGGGAUGCAGACGACUCAGAGGGUUGAGAGUAUUAACAGUUUCUUCGACGGGUACUUGAAGAAGAAUACGAGAUUAUAUCAGUUUGCUCCUAGAGUUUUUGUGGAGAGGAAGUUCUAG